UCGAGCAGGCAACAACCAGCCAAAAGAGAAAAUAUUUAAACAAUUUUUUAAAAAUUCUUAAAAACUACGUAACGUACACAACCAAUUCAAAAAUGGAAUACACCAGCAAGACCCAGAUCUACCAGAAAGUGAAGAAGCCCCUUUUGGAGCGUCAGCGACGUGCCCGCAUGAACAAGUGCCUGGACAACCUGAAAACACUUGUCGCCGAGCUCCGAGGCGAUGAUGGCAUCCUGCGGAUGGACAAGGCCGAGAUGCUCGAGUCGGCGGUGAUCUUCAUGCGCCAGCAAAAGACCCAAAAGAAGGUGGUCCAGGAAGAGAAGUCCCUUCCCCUGGACAGCUUCAAGAAUGGCUACAUGAAUGCCGUCAACGAGGUGUCACGUGUCAUGGCCUCCACACCUGGCAUGAGCGUCGACCUGGGCAAAUCGGUGAUGACUCACCUGGGCCGCAUCUACAAGAACCUGCAGCAAUUCCAUGAGGCACAGAGCAGCCAGGAAUCCCUCCAGAUCUCCAUGGACUGCUCUUCGUUGGACAAGGCGCCCCUCAGCCCCGCCUCCUCUGGAUAUCACAGCGACUGCGAUAGCCCCGCCCCCUCACCACAGCCCAUGGAACAGCAGCCCCUGUGGCGCCCUUGGUAAAAGGGAUUAAGUGGCAGGAGGUGGAGUGGCAGGACCAACCAACAACGCAUCUGUGAUAGCCCAACUGUGAUGGCAACAAAAUAGCAAAAUGAAAAACAAUUAGCAAAACAAAUAUAAACCAAUUUUAAAC